AAUUUUUUGUCCAGUGAAACCAAUCCUCUAAAUUUUCGUUCUAAGAUGAACAAAUCGCAACACGAAAAAACGUCAAAAUCAGUUAUCAAAACUCAUCGUAACAAACGAAACACUUAUUGGUGCGCUCCUAGAAGAGUAAAAAGCACAGUUGUUGCGGGAAAUAUCGACAGUUCGUUGAUACAAAAUAAAAAAUUGAAGAAAGAGCAUCGUAAGAAAAAACGAAAAAGCGUAAAAAAAUUAAGACGUAUCGACAUCUUAGCGCAACCUAAAUCUGUGAAGCAUAAAUCGGCAUAUAAAAAUCAUUUUUCUAAUGUGAGCAAACCUACUCGGAAAAUUCCUAAAACAUCUAUUUCGUCGAGUCAAAGGAACACUUUUAAGAUAAAGAGAUUAAAAGAAGCACGCGAAUUGUCAAUGAAUACAUUAAAGGAUUGGGCACCCAUAAUGUUACCUAAGAAGUUAGGCGUUCGAUUAUCUGCUUUAGUCAGAAAGAAACUGAAGGAAUUAACAAAUGCUAAAGGUGUGUAA